GCAACUUAUAUAAUGUCUAAAAAAAAAGUUGAAAAAGGAAAGAAAAAUAAAAAAAGAUAGCCAGCCUAUUACUGCACUGGAACAUUGCCUGCCUAUUCAAAAUUGAGGUCGCGCGUGUCACCUCCUUCCUUUCUUGAUCUUCAGAACAAUCUACAAAACUAAACAAUCCCCCCAGAAUAUCACAGUUUCUCUACGAAAACGGAAAAUCAAUGAAAUGGAAACGAUCCUGGUGAAAUGUGUAGAGAAAAGCCUCAACGAAAUGAUGCUCAAAAACGCCAUUUUUGUCUGCGAACGCCUCUGUGCUGAAUUCCCAUCUGAGGUGAAUUUACAAUUACUGGCUAGGUGUUACAUGAAUAACAAUCAAGCUUAUUGUGCAUAUCACAUUUUAAAAGGCACAAAAAUGGCUCAAUCACGCUAUUUGUUUGCAUGUUCUUGCUUUAAAAUGGAUCUGCUUAGUGAAGCUGAAGCAACAUUAUUGCCUACUAAAGAGCCUGAUGCAGAGGUUCCAAAUGGUGCAGCUGGUCAUUAUCUUCUUGGACUUGUAUACAGGUACACCAAUAGGAAGGAAAAUUCUGUCAAACACUUAAGAAAGGCCUUGUUAAUCGAUCCAUUAUUUUGGGCAGCAUACGAGGAACUGUGUACAUUAGGUGCUGCAGAAGAAGCAGUGGCAGUUUUUAGUGAAGCAGCUGUUAGUUAUGUUCAAGAGUAUCAUUUGGGUAAUCGAUCAUCUUACCUGCAUACAGCCGAUGAUGAUCAAAGUUCAGGUUGUGUUGGGAACUUUUUGGAAGAUGGGAAUCUGGGCCAUUUGAAGCAUUCACAGGACCAAAAUCUCAGAGAUUUGGCUGGAAAUUGUCAUGAAGCAGCUGUUUUGGCUGGAUCAAGUGAUGAUCCUUCUCCCAACUUGUCCCUAUAUAAUACUUCUUCAACAAUGCUUACACAGUUGUCAGAUAUUGCCCCAGCGCCUAUUUGCAGAAAUGAAACUAAUCCAAGUACUCUGGGAGGCAAAAGUUUGCCGAAUACAACUCGAGCUCCCCGAAGGAAAUUUGCUGGAGAAGGCAAAUCUGGGAAGGUUUUUGAGAGAUUAGUUUCUGAUUCUGGGCCUCGUCGAAGCCCAAGACUUGCUGCAAUGCGUGCAAACUCAACCACUUUGCAAGUAGGAGAUGGAACAGGUUCUUUGAGUUCCAGUUAUCUAGGAAUCGGAAGACUUCCCUUAUCCUCUAAAUCCACCUCUGUGUCAUUUAGUUCUUCAGUGGUUUGUAGAGAUCCAAGUGGAGGGAAAUGUGCAGAGACUCUUGAUGAUGCUUCUUCACAACAUACAACUUCAUCAACUGCUAUUUCCUUGGGCAGUGAGAGAUUCCUUGAGCAUGAAAGAACAAGCAUGAAACAGAGUGCCUUAACUAAAAAUGAGACCUUAAUCACAUCUGGGAUUUCAGAUAUUCUGUGCCUCUUUAGACUUCUUGGAGAGGGCUACAGGCUUCUCUGCAUGUAUAGAUGCCAGGAUGCUUUGCUAGCUUAUCAAAAGCUUUCCCAAAAGCAGUACAAUACAGGUUGGGUUCUUUCCCAGGUUGGAAGAGCAUACUACGAGCUCGUAGAUUACAUGAACUCUGAUUAUGCCUUUAGUCUUGCACAUCAAGUAUCCCCUUACACUUUGGAAGGAAUGGAUAUCUACUCCACAGUACUUUAUCAUUUGCAGGAAGAUAUGAAGUUAAGCCACCUAGCUCAAGAGCUGAUACUAAUAGACCGUUUAGCUCCCCAGUCUUGGUGUGCUAUUGGAAACUGCUAUAGUUUGCAGAAAGACCAUGAAACUGCACUCAAAAACUUUCACCGAGCUGUGCAGAUUAAUUCAAGACAUGCAUAUGCCUACACCCUUUUGGGUCAUGAGUAUGUAGCAUUGGAGGAGUAUGAAACUGGAGUCAAGUGCUACCAGAGUGCCCUUCAAGUAGAUCCAAGACAUUAUAAUGCCUGGUAUGGUCUUGGAAUGAUCUAUCUCCGUCAAGAAAGACUUGAAUUUGCUCAUCACCACUUUCAAAAUGCUUUCUACAUAAAUCCUUGCUCUUCAGUUAUCCUGUGCUAUGUAGGAACCACUUUGCAUGCACUAAAGAGAAAUGAAGAAGCCUUGGGGAUGAUGGAGAAAGCUAUUUUUGCGGAUAAGAAAAACCCAUUACCAUUGUACCAAAAAGCAAAGAUACUGAUGACCCUCGGAAACUUUGACAAAGCUUUGGAGGUUCUAGAAGAACUCAAGGAGUAUGCUCCUAGAGAAAGUAGCAUCUAUGCAAUGAUGGGUAAAGUUUAUGAACAGUUCAAGAUGUAUGAUGAGGCAGUUCUUCAUUUUGGGAUUGCAAUGGAUUUAAAUCCAAAUGCACCUGAUGUGGCCACCAUAAAGGCUGCUAUGGAAAACUUGCUUGCACAUAGUGAAAUAGAAGAUUAGUUCUAAUUGCUCCCAAAAUAUGGAGUGGAUACAGUGAUAAUCUUGAGCAGAAAUCCUUAUGCAUGAGCUGCUUGACUUGCUACACUUCAGGAUCAUUUAUGACACUAGAUAAUUUUCCCUUUUUAUUACUUAAUGGAAAGGAAUAAAGCAUUUUUUUUCUUCUUA